AUGACUAAAAGUUUCGAACAUUCAAAGAAUUGUAUUCUCCAAUGGCGUCGCGUUGCUCUAUCAGCUGCUUCUGCCUUCGCUUUCCUCUUCUCUUCGCAGUUCCAGGUCUCGGAAUCGUCUGAUCUUGAUGGAUCCAUUGCUCGUCCCAUCAAGAAACUCGAGAAACCUGUGGUUCUGCUGAUUUCCUCAGAUGGUUUUCGUUUCGGGCGCCAUUUCAAGACCAAAUUUCCACCGAUUAAUCCAACAGGGACUGAAGCGGAGAUGGGUUUGAUCCCAGUUUAUCCGACGUUAACAUUCCCUAGCCAUUACCCCAUCGCCACAUGACUUUACCCACCUUAUCAAAGCAACCGAUUCGUGGAUCCGAACACAGGGAACACGUUCACGAUGUCUGGUCACGAACCAGAGUGGUGGCUCGGUGAGCCAAUGUGGGAGACAGUGGUUAAUCAUGGCUUAACUCACUUUUGGCCUGGUUCUGAUGUAAACAAAGGUUCGUGGAAUUGUCCUAAAGAUUUCUGUUCAGCGUUACAAAUUUACAACGGCUCUGUUCCAAUCGAUGGUAGGGUUGAAACUAUCUUGAGUUACUUCGAUCUGUCAAGUAGGGACGUCCUGUGUUUCAUCACGUUAUACUUUGAGGAUCCUGAUCAUCAUGCCGUUGCUAAUAUCGAUAGAUUCAUUGGUAAUAGGUUGAUUGAUGGACUGGAAAAGAGAGGGAUUUUUUUUGAUGUGACCAUGAUUAUGGUUGGUGACCAUGGAAUGGUGGGAACUUGGGAUAAAAACCCGAUCUUUCUCGAUAAUUUAGCUCCUUGGAUCGAGAUCCCAAGCAGCUGGGUUCAGUACUAUACUCCGUUAUUCGCAAUCCAACGUCCCCCGGAUCACAUAGAGAGGGAAGUAAUUGAAAGGUUUGUCUGAAGGAAGAUCUUCCAAGCAAAGGCUGCAUUAUACAACAGACAGUUACCAUAUUCAUCAAGCAUGGAUCCCGGUUCGGUGCUAGAGGAAGAAAAGUGCCAUUCUUUUCUGAACAAUAGUUCUUCUGGGUUUCCUUCUUGUGUCCUCUUGCCAAUGGGGUAGAGAAUUAUAAGGUAGCUUUAGAUUUUUUCGCCAUUAGCUCGUGAGAUGUUUCCUAGUUUAGGCAUCGAUCUGAAGGGAGAACCAUGGUCUGUGAGAUAUGUAAAUGUGCUUUGAAUGAUGUUACGAUCGUAUGAUCGUUGUCCUGA